AUGCAAGCCAAUUCAGUGGUUCGAGCGCGAUCGGUUCGUUGCGGCGAUGUAAAAAGGGAUCGAAAUUCGACAACGUCUUCCAGUACACGACUGAAGGAAUUCGGACCUUGGUCCGAGCAGCAUAGUUCCAGUGGAAGGCGCUACUUCUACAAUCGUGAGACAGAGGUGUCGCAGUGGGAGAAGCCUCCGGAAUGGCGUGAGUACGAAAGACAGUUGGCUGAGAAUGCGGCUAAUCAGAGUUCCAACUCAUCUGCCUCUGGAGCAGCUCCGAGCGUCGGCGCCGUCGCAGCGCCCCAGCCGUCCGGCCCGGCAACUGCUGCUGGUGCUGUUCCCGGGAAUAGUGCUGGAGCUCAGGGCAAGACGAAAGCGCGCGAGAGAGUCGAGGUGGUGGAACUGGCGCCGAAAACCAAACGUCCAAGAACUGAAGCGGCUGAGGAAGACCCUGUUGGUCCAGUUGUUUUUUCCGAGGAACAGCAUCGGCGAUUUCUGCGAGCGGAUGCACAAAAUGCGACGCGCCAUUGGCCGACCGAAGAGCUGGAGCAGAGUGCGAUGAGAGCCGGCGCUGCAGCCCACUACCUGACCAUCCAGCUGAUCAAUGCGUCCUGCGACAUCAGAAGUGCUCGGUCAUUCCUGGAGGCUGCCGAAACGUGCUCGGCGCUGGCCGCGCAGAAGCUGCAGUCCAUUGCGAAGUACCAGAAAGAGCUGGCGUCGAGCAUGCACCUCUGA